AUGACAAGCUCGGGCGUAAUUCAAGAGGGAGUCUUUAUUGGCUCUAAUAGACAAAAUUAUGUUGCAGAUUAUAAUCCUAAAAAUAAAAUAAUAGCUUUUGGUGCUGCAAAGACAAUAGCAUUAUGGUCACCAUUAGAAAAAUCUCAUAAAGGAGUUUACUAUACUUUGAAAAAACAUACACAAGACGUUACAGGAGUCAAAUUCUUACCAAAUAGUGAAUUUUUAAUAUCAAUAGGAGAAGAUCAUAUGGUAAAUGUCUGGAAACAAGAUAACAAUGUAUAUAAACAUAUCCAAUCAUUAGAAGAACAUGAACAUUCCGUUACAUGUAUUGCAGAAAUUAAUGAGAAAAUAUUUGUAACAGGUGGUGCAGAUCAUCAAAUAAUUGUUUGGGUCUAUGACGGAACUUCAUUUAAAAUGGGUCAUAAAUUUCAAGUCAAACAUAAUUUUUAUCCAUUAACGUUAUCCAUACAGAAUAUAAGUGAGACUAGUUAUGUGCUAGCAAUUGGAGGUACCACAAACAACAUUUAUAUAUACUCAUUUGACGAAGAGGGAGAGAAAAUAAUUAGCUUCGAAAAAGCAGCAGAAUUAACAGGUCAUGAAGAUUGGAUAAAAUGUUUACAAUUUGUGACGAAAAAGAAAAAUCAAGACUAUAUACUAGCAAGUGGUUCACAAGACCGAUAUGUAAGAUUAUGGAGACUAAAACUAAACGAUUCUAUUGAUGAUUCAGACGAGGAUCCAAACAAGUUAACAUUGUUAUCAAAUAAACAAUAUAAAUUUGAUUAUGGUAAAAAUCAAAGAGCUGCAUUCAGUUUUGAAGCUUUAAUAAUGGGUCAUGAUGAUUGGAUAAGUGGUUUACAAUGGCAUCCAUCAUGUAAAAAUGAAGUUGAAAACGAAGAUAAAAAUCUACAAUUAUUGACUUGUACUGCAGAUACUGCACUAAUGAUAUGGGAAAUGGAUACAGAUUCAGGAAUUUGGGUAUGCACUAGUAGAUUAGGGGAAAUGUCAAUUAAAGGUGCAUCAACAGCUACAGGUGCCUCAGGUGGAUUUUGGUCAUGUUUAUGGUUCAUUGAUGAUAACACGAAAGAUAAUUACGUGUUAGCUAUUGGUAAAACUGGUUCAAUAAGAGCAUAUAAGUCACCGGCAGCAGAUGAUAAAUAUUUUGACGCUGUUUUGGGAAUCACAGGUGCAGUUAAUGCCAUAACAGAUUUAAGAUGGUCAAUAGAUGGUGAUUAUUUUUUGGCUACUUCAUUGGAUCAAACUACUAGAUUAUAUGCACCAUGGAAGAGAGAUAAUAUAAUAACGUGGCAUGAAAUUGCUAGACCUCAAAUUCACGGUUAUGAUAUGAUCUGUUGUGAUAAUAUCACCAAGACAAAAUUCGUAUCAGGUGGUGAUGAAAAAAUUUUACGUGUUUUUGAACUUACCAAAUCAAUAAGUGAAGCAUUAAAAUCAUUAGGAAAUAUUGAAAUUAAUGAAAAUAACUCAGAAUUACCUGAAUUUGCAUCUUUACCCGUAUUAGGAUUAUCAAACAAGGCUGACUCACAAAUACAAGAAGAAACCAAGAAUGAUGAAUCUGUUGAAAUUCAAGACCACCAUAUAGAACAAAUAAACACUCCACCAACAGAAUCAUAUUUACAAAGAAAUAGUUUGGCCACCGAAAAUGAAAAAUUAUAUGGUCAUGGUUAUGAAAUAAGUUGUUGUUCAACUUCACCAAAUGGAUCAUUGAUAGCGACAGCAUGUAAAUCAAAUAAUCCAAAACAUGCAGUAAUAAGGAUCUUCAACGUAAAGAACGAUUAUCAACAAUCACCACAAGUAUUAUCAGGGCAUAAUUUAACAAUAUCAAGUUUAAAAUUCUCGCCAAAUGGUCAAUAUUUAUUAGCUGUUUCAAGAGAUAGACAAUUUAGUUUAUGGGAAUUAAUAGAUGAAACAACUGCAGAAUUUAAAUUAGUUGAAUUAAAUACAAAAGCUCAUUCAAGAAUUAUAUGGGAUUGUUCUUGGGCUUCCAAUUAUUCAUUUGUAACUGUUUCUCGUGAUAAACAACUCAAAUUAUGGAAAGUUAAUGAUGAGAAAGUUGAAUUAAUUACAAGCUUGAAACUAGAUGAACCAAUUACCUCAGUAUCAAUUUUUAAAGGGGAAGCAUCAGACUCAAGAAUAGUUUCUGUUGGACUUGAGAACGGAGAUAUAUCAAUUUACACAAUCGAUAAUAAUGAAUUUAAACAUAUUGUAUCAUUUAAUGAAUCAAUAACACCAGCUGAUAGAAUUGAAAAAUUAAGCUUUAGUAAAAAAAUAGUCAAUAACAAGCUAAUCUCCAGUGUUAUGGAAGAAAUUAUAAAUAAAAUCAAGUUCAAAAAUGCAUCACUAGCAGAUUUGGAGUAUCUUCGACAACAAUUGAGAGAAGAGUCAGUUAGAUCAUCGAGUUUGAUUAGAGAUAAUCUUUUAAAUUGGGUCAAUUAUUGUAAUACAAGUUUAAAGAACUCACAACUAAAUGAAGAAAUUAUCAAAGUCAACAUCAAUUUAAUGGCGAAAAAUGAUUACAAUCGAUCAUUUCUCACAAGGAACUCGGAGGCGAUUAAUAAAUAUUGGGAAAUUGUUUGGUCAUCACCUAAUAAGACUUUAAUUUAUUUAUUCUUACAACAAUUCAUCUAUGAAUCUGAGAAAACUAAAGACUACAUGCGAUACUUUCAUGAUGCGAAUAUGCAUAGUUCAAUAUAUAGGAAUUUUACAGAAGAAUUUGAUAUUCAAAUUAUAUAUGAACUAAUCACUGCAAAUUCUGAUAGAUUAGAUACUGAGGACAAAGAUUUCAUAAACACAUCAAUCAAUUUUUUUAUUCCGUAUGGAACUGAAGAAGAUGAAGAAUCACAAGAUAAAGUUUUAGAUAUUUUGACGUAUGCAGAACCACUGUUUGGUUUAUUUGAUAAGGUAAUUGAGCUUAUGUAUGAAGUGAAAACUACUAAAUUUAGUAGGAAAUUAUUGGUGAUUGCAACUGAUGUAUUUCCAAAUACUACUAAUGCUAUGCAAUUGCUAUUUACUUCACUAGAGUCUCCAAAUACGUAUAUUUUCGCUGCUUGCUGUAUAAUUUUGGGGAACCAAAUACAUAAUAGAGAAUCGAGUGUUGAAAUAUUUAAUACAAUCGAUUCAGAAUAUGGAGUGAAUAGAUUGAUUGACCAAUUUUUCCAGGGCACAAAUAUCACUGAUAUUGUUCAAGUACAAGCUAUUCAUUUAUGGACAAAUUUGAUGAAUGAAUCGAUUUCGAAUAGAAUGUUGGAAAAUCAUAGUAGUAGAUUGAUCGGUUUGAAUCAACUAGUGUUUGAUAAUGCAAAUUACUAUAAAGAAAUAGCUACAUUACACUUCAAGUUCCUCAUAAAAUUGUUGAACACAUCCACGCAAAACAUUCCGAAUGAUUUGCUAAAACAAAUUGUUCGUCUUGAUAUGCCAGAACGUUUGAGUCUUGAGUAUAUCAUAAUACAAAAAAUAAGUUUCGAUGUUGAUUCAAAUCAAGACAUACUAGAAAUAUUGAUAGAUGAUUCAGUUUCCAAAAUUGAUAAUUUAAAUGUACUAGAACAAUUGAAAACUAUUGCAAUAAUAAACAAUCAUAUAAUGCAAAAGAAAAUAAUAAUAGAUACUGAAAACUACUUAUCAAAACUUAAAGCCUUAUUAACUGAAUUACAGCAACACUCAUUUAAUUUACAACAAGACACAUGGGAUCAAAAAUCUUUUAUAAAUAAUUUAAAAUUUAUUGCUGCAUCAACCAAACAAGUUGUGUGUUUAGAAUUUGUGGAAAAAGAUCAAGGAUUAAUUAAAUUAUGCCAUAUUAGGGAAGAGCCAGACCCAAUAAUUAAGACAAUGCAACAAUUUACACAAGAUCAACACCCUCAAAAAUUGGAUGUAUCAAUUGGAGUCUACAAAGAUUCUAACGGUUCAUGUUACGAAUUUCCAUCAAUAACAAAAGCAAAACAAUUAUUAUACAAGAAUGAUCCUGGUCAUAAUUAUACUAAUAUGGCGGGUAUUCCAUCUUUUAUCAAAGGAGCACAAGAUAUAAUAUUUGGUGAAGAGAUUUUAAACCAGGGGAAAAUUGCAUCAUUACAAACUAUUUCAGGUACUGGUUCAUUACAUAUGGCAAUGGUAUUACUAAAAGAAUCUGGUUUAAUCAAUUAUUAUGUGGGUUUACCUAGUUGGCAAAAUUAUAUACCUAUGAUUGAACAUAUUGGAGGUCAUGUAACUACUUAUAAUUACUAUGAUGAAUCAAAAAAAGCUAUAAAUUUCAAUGAAAUUGUCAACACUUUAAAAUCAGCACCACCACAUUCCAUUUUCUUGUUUCAAACAUGUUGUCAUAAUCCAACUGGAGCAGAUUUUUCUAGAGAUCAAUGGGAACAGAUAGUCAAGAUUGUUAAAACCCAAAAAUUAAUAUGUAUAUUAGAUACAGCAUACCAAGGUUUUAAAACAGGUAAAUUAGAAGAUGACGUAUGGCCAAUUAAAUUAUUUUACAACAACAAUUUAGAAUUUUUAGUAUGUCAAUCAUUUUCAAAAAACAUGGGAUUAUAUUCAGAAAGAUGUGGUGCAUUACAUGUAAUUGUUCAAGAUACAAAUAAAAUCCCAACAGUUCAAUCUAAUCUAGUGAAACUUUUCAGAAAUGAAUGUUCAUUUGCACCUGCUUUUGGAGCAAGAUUAGCUUCAAAAAUAUUCGAAUCAUCAGAAUUAAGAAAACAGUGGGAAAAUGAAGUUUAUGAAAGUACAAUCAGAUUAAUUAAAUUAAGAUCCAAAAUUCUUCAACAACUUACUGAGUUAAAAACACCCGGAAUUUGGUCAAAUGUAAUUGAACAAACUGGAUUAUUUUGGUACUCUGGUUUAAAUGAAAAUCAAAUUGAAUUACUUGCACAAAAACAUCACGUUUAUGCUACUACUAUGGGAAGAGUUAAUGUUGCUGGGUUAAAUGAUAAUAAUAUUGAGUAUUUUUGUUGUGCUAUUGAUGAUGUUGUUAGAUCAACUUAA